AGCCCCAUGGGAGCGGCGUGAGCAGCCGGCAGCACCUUCUGCUCGGGGCACAGCGGGGACAAGGGCUCUUCUGGACACCACGGAGCACCAUGAUGUGGCUGUUCCUCACCAUCUCUUGUUUCGUGCUCGUCGCUGCAAAGUCAGAGGAGAACCCCGAGGUGUCCAUGGAUGUUGGCGAAAUUGUGCGGUACCACGGGUACCCCUACGAGGAGCACGAGGUGCUGACAGAGGAUGGAUAUUUCCUCACCCUGCAGAGGAUCCCCCACGGCAGAGGCAGCCCAGGGAGCUUCAGUCUCUCCCACAAGGCAGGGGCACAGCCAUCCAACAUGUUCUGUCCCCCCCCAAAGGCUGUGGUCCUCCUGCAGCACGGCCUGGUGUUGGAGGGAAGCAACUGGGUCACCAACUUGCCCAACACCAGCCUGGGAUUCAUCCUGGCCGAUGCUGGCUACGAUGUCUGGAUCGGGAACAGCCGGGGCAACAGCUGGUCACGGAAACACCAGGAGUUUGAGUUCCACCAGCAGGAAUACUCAGCUUACAGCUUCCAUGAGAUGGCCAUGUACGACCUUCCAGCGUCCAUCAACUACAUCCUGCAGAGAACGGGGCAGGAGCAGUUGUACUACGUGGCUUAUUCCCAAGGCACCACCACAGGUUUCAUUGCCUUCUCCUCCAUUCCCGAGCUGGAUCGCAAAAUCAAGAUGUUCUUCGCCUUGGCUCCCAUCACCGUCAACUCCCACAUGAAGUCCCCCUUGGUGAGGGUGUUUGACCUCCCCGAGGCGCUGAUCAAGAUCAUUUUAGGCAAGACAGUGGUCUUUGAUAAGGGUGAGGUGUUGAAGCAAGUGAUUUCCACAAUGUGCACCUACCCCAUGCUGAAGACUGUGUGCUCUUUGGUGUUUUACCUGCCUGGUGGGUUCACCAACAGCUUGAACGUGAGCCGCAUGGAUGUGUACCUGGCCCGCUACCCUGACUCCACAUCCCUAAAAAACAUGUUGCACUGGCGCCAGCUCUAUCAGACUGGGGAAUUCAAGCAUUACGAUUACGGCAGUGACAAUGUGCUUCAUUACAACCAGAGCACUCCUCCCUUCUAUGAGCUGGAGAACAUGAAAACCCCGCUGGCUGCCUGGUAUGGGGGCAAGGACUGGAUCUCAGCCCCCGAGGACGUGAACAUCACCCUGCCCCGCAUCUCCAACGUGGCCUACAAAAAGUACAUCCCCGAAUUUGUCCACUUUGACUUCCUCUGGGGCAAGCAGGUCUACGAGCAGGUCUACAAAGAAAUGCUUGACCUGAUGGAGAAGGGUGCCUAGAGUUGAAGCAGUGAUUGUUGGCUUCUCCAUGACUUCUGGGGCUUCUUUCAUCUUGGGGGGGAAUGAUUUUAAAAAAGAAGAAAAACUGGGGGGAAAAGCUCAAUAAACUGCUACACUUGGUCUGGAGUGAUAUUGCUCUGUCCAGUGAGGACAACCAGGCAAUGCAAUGACUGGGGAAGCACUCUGGACUGAGGUUCAGUUGGCUGAAGUUGAGCACAGCCCUCACACCCUGAGUCUCCCACGUGCCUCCCUCGCCACCAGUUUAGUGGAACUUGGCUCCUGGUGGCCAUUGUGGACUCUGGGCUCCUUGAGCUUGGGUUCCCAGCUGCAAACAGCUGGCCAGGAGCCCCAUGCCCUCCUGGAUGCUGGUGUCCCACAGGGAUGGGAUGAAGCCACGUGGUGGAUGGGUCCUGCUUUGUUCACCUUCUGGCAGCACUUCCACACCAAGAAUCCCAACAUCCUGGCACUCACUGCCUUCCUUCAGGGCUGGAAGGAGCUAUGGACGUCCUGCCUGGUGACAAUGAAGAGUGGCCAUGGGUUUGUAUCCAUGAGAACCCCCCACCUCACUAACAAAUGGGACAUCCUUCUCAGAUUCAUGCUGAUUUGGAUAAUCUCACUUAUGCACAAAGGAGUUUCAGUAAAUUCUAGCAGGAAACACCAUUUUUUCACCACUUCAAGCUAUCCUAAGGCACAAACCCAGCUGCAAAUGCCACCUUUUGCUGCCUUUCAGGGAGACAGAAGAAGAGUGUGGUGGAAAGCAGCAAUGAGCCUAAAUCUGUUUUCAGCUUCUGGAUUAAAUUGUUAAUGAUACCUUGAU